AUGGUGCCUGGUAUAACGACGGGGUCCGCGGUGGUCGAACCCCUUGCCGACGCCAAAGUGCUCGCCACGACGACGACCGGCCGCCCGACUGCCAACCCAACUCCCAAGGUCAUCAAUGGCCAUUACCAGGCACCGCAGCACGGUCCCGUCUACGAGGUCUCGCCGACGCCGCUGGGCACCAUCAAAAAGAUGCGUAUCAUCACCAUCGGGGCCGGCGCCAGCGGCAUCAACAUGGCCUACCAGACAAAAAAGCACCUGAAGAACGUCAGCCUGGUCGUGUACGAGAAGAAUGCCGACGUGGGCGGCACCUGGACCGAGAACCGCUAUCCGGGGUGCAAGUGUGACAUCCCCUCGCACAACUACCAGUUCUCGUGGGAGCCGAACCCAGACUGGGCCGAGCUCUUCUCGCCCAGCGCCGAAAUCAGGCAGUACCUAGAGCACUGUGUGGCCAAGUAUGACCUCGCGGACUACAUCCAGGUCAAUCGCCGCGUUGUCGGCGCCACGUGGGACGACGCCCAGGCCGUGUGGCGCCUCCGCGUGGAAAACACGCUGACCCAGGAGGUGGCCGACGACUGGUGCGACAUACUACUCAACGCCGGCGGCAUUCUCAACAACUGGCGCUGGCCCGCCAUCGCCGGCCUGCACACGUUCCAGGGCCAGCUGAUCCACAGCGCCAACUGGCCGCGCGACUCGGACGGCGGCCCGUUGAGCCUCCGCGACAAGUCCGUCGCCGUCAUCGGCAACGGCUCCACGGGCAUCCAGAUCGUGCCGGCCAUCCAGCCUGAGGUCCGCCAGCUCGUCCACCUGGUCCGCUCGCCCACGUGGGUGACGCCCGGCGCCGCCUCGCGCUACCCGUCGCUGCGCGGCGGCGAGCUGCCCGACGUCUUCUCGGCGGAGCAAAAGGCCAUGUUCCGCGCGGACCCGCAACGCUACAAGGCGUUUGUCGUGCAGAUCGAGAAGGAGAUCAACGCCAAGUUCCGCAUGCUGGUCAACGGCGGGCAGCCGGCCCGGGACGCGCGCGCCGCGGCGCACAGCAGCAUGGUCCGGCUGCUGGGCGACCGCGCUGCCGACCUCGGCCCCGCGAUCAUCCCCGACUUUGCCGUCGGUUGCCGCCGCAUCACCCCCGGCGUCGGCUACCUCGAGAGCUUCGCCAAGCCCAACGUGCGCGUGGUCGCCGACGCCCGCAUCGACCACGUCGACGCCCGCGGGAUUGUCCUGGCGUCCGGCGAGCACAUUGCCGUCGACGCCAUCGUCUGCGCCACCGGCUUCGACGUCAGCUUCUCGCCCCGCUUCCCCGUCCUGGGCCGCAACGGCGUCAGCCUGGCCGACCUGUGGAACGAGCCCAACGUGCCGCGCGCCUAUCUGUCGCUGGCCAGUCCCGCGUUUCCCAACUACUUUAUGUUCCUCGGCCCCAACGCGCCCAUCUCACACGGCUCCGUCUUCACCAUCACCGAAAACGUCUCCAAGUACAUCAUGCAGCUCAUCACCAAGGCCCAGGUCGAGGGCAUCCGCACCAUCGCCGUCAAGCCGGCCGCCGUCGACGACUUCACCGAGCACAUCGACACCUUCAUGCCACGCACCGCCUGGGCCGGUGACUGCCGCUCCUGGUUCAAGCGCGGCCGGUCCACCGGCCCCAUCACCGCCAUCCACCCCGGCAGCCGCGUGCACUGGUUCCACGCCCUCGAGCGGCCCCGCUUCGAGGACUUUGACUACACCUACGACACCAGCAACCGCUUCCAGUACCUCGGCAACGGCUUCUCCACCCGCGAGGAGGCCCCCAACGACUACCCAUGGUACCUCGACGAGGUCGACCCCAAGUACUUGUACUACUGA